GUAUAAAAGGAACACCAACCUCUCAUCUUUUUAAUUCCAAUUUUCAGUUUCAACACAAAAAAUCAACAAUGGGAAGAAGACCAGCGAGAUGUUACCGGCAAAUUAAGAACAAACCAUACCCUAAGUCACGAUUCUGUCGCGGUGUACCAGAUCCAAAGAUCCGAAUCUAUGAUGUAGGUGCGAAGAAAAAAGGCGUAGAUGAGUUCCCAUUUUGCGUCCACUUAGUAUCGUGGGAGAAAGAGAAUGUCUCUAGCGAAGCAUUAGAGGCAGCUAGAAUCGCGUGCAACAAGUACAUGUCAAAAUUUGCUGGAAAAGACACGUUUCAUUUGCGUGUGAGGGUUCAUCCUUUCCAUGUGUUGAGGAUUAAUAAGAUGCUCUCGUGUGCUGGGGCGGAUAGGUUGCAGACGGGGAUGAGAGGUGCGUUUGGGAAACCGUUAGGGACUUGUGCUAGGGUUAGUAUUGGUCAGGUGCUGUUGUCUGUUAGAUGUAAGAGUGGGAAUGGUGAUCAUGCUCAAGAGGCUCUUCGUCGUGCUAAGUUUAAGUUCCCUGGGCGUCAGAAGAUUAUUGUUAGUAGAAAGUGGGGAUUUACAAAGUUGAGUCAUGCUGAGUACUUGAAGUUGAAAUCUGAGAACAGAAUUGUGCCGGAUGGCGUAAAUGCAAAGGUUCUUGGGUGCCAUGGACCUUUGGCCAAUCGUCAGCCUGGAAGAGCUUUCUUGCCUGCUUAGAAAUAUAUGAUUUUACUUCAAAAUGCUCAAUUGAUGUGUCUACUUAUCAGUGAUUAACUGAUUAUGUUAUUAGUAAAUAGAUAUUUGAAUUGUGUGUAUCAAACUGUCUUUCCAAGAUGUCUAGGGUAUGACAGAUGCACAAAUGAUGUAUCUAACUUUUAAUUAUGUACUGUCAUGGUUGGAACAAUAUAUAAAAUAAAGUGCUUUGUUGUGUGUA